CAGUACUGUUCACUUGUAAUUACCGCGGCAAAUGUUGUUGUCCACGCGUUGUUGAACAACACGAUCGUAUUAGAGAUCCAGAAACCUGCUACCAAAUUUUUUUCGUGUCAAAGGCCCCAUCUACUUGCAACAUGGGGAGGAAGUCUGGUAUGAAAGGCAGCUUCAAAGAGAGACGGCAAAAGUGGAAAGAGGAAUCUGAAAGAAUUGCUCAAGCACAAAAGCGUGUUGCAGAAGCAAACAAGAUGACGGACCCAUUCCAAGAGCUAUCAAUGGGAGCAUUUCAGAAAUUUGAUCGAAAUGACAUCAGCAUAAAUAUUGAGGCGAAGCGAGUAGCAGACUUGGACGAAGAAACACUACAGUGGUGCAUAGAUCUGACUAAGGUCAACAUGCAAGAUAUAUACGAAAUGAGCGAGGGAGGCUGGAGUGACAGAGCGAAGCGGGAAGAGAUGACUCAUGAAUCUGUGUGGUACCUGAUCGCACGCAAUCAGCAGGGACAGAGAAAAGCACUCGUGCACUUUCGCUUCGACAUGGACUAUGAAGUGGAGGUUGUUUACUGUUAUGAGAUUCAGCUGGUGAAGGAAGUACAGAAGAAAGGACUUGGGAAGUUUCUGAUGCAGAUCCUGGAGCUGUUUGCAUUCAAAACUGGAAUGAAGAAGGUGAUGUGUACAGUAUUUUCACACAAUACUGGCUCAAUGGCGUUUUUCAAGAAAAUAAAGUACGUCGUCGACGAGACACAGCCCGACCCGCUCAUGGACGGAGAAGUCGACUACGAGAUCCUCAGCAAGCCGAUCAAGCCGGCGCCGCCCGCCCGCAUGCCGACCGCAACCCGCGCCGCCGACGCUGUGCCAACGCUCGUCCCUGCGGCAUCGUAGUUACUGCGGAGAGCCUCUUCGAACUGCUGAGCUGCGGUGUGUUCGUGCGUGGUUACUGCUGAGCUGCGGUGUGUUCGUGCGAGGUUGCUGCUGAGCUGCGGUGUGUUCGUGCGAGGUUACUGUGAGCUGCGG